CCUGAGGAAAACUCAGUGACAAUGAAUCCCGACCCUGAUUUCGUUCUCCGUGGGAAAUCUCCUUCGUACUGGUCCAGACCUGGAUAUCUUAGCAACAGCCAACUGACUACCACAACAAGUGGAAUGGGAAGAUAUUCCCCAGACUGUUACCAUGACAAUUAUGACAACAAGAAAUUAUCACAGUCAUUAAGAAGCAUGAGUCAUAAUCUUAACAGAGUAAGUAGUAAUUUAAAACAAACCCUACUUGGAAAAGAUUCAGAAGUAUCAACCUUAUCUCAAUCUAAAGAUUUCCACAGCAGUUUACAUACAAGUGCUACAGAGGCUGAGCUAGCUCGUUUAAUGCAUCAAAACUUAGAUUUGGAAGAUUCCUAUGAUGGCAGGCCACGGUCAAGGGAGGAAUCACAAUGGUACACAAGCCCUGUCCAUAUGUCUCAGACAUACCUCCGGCCAUCAAGGUCCAUUUCACCUGUACAUAAAACAGCUGGAACACUUGGGGCUUUAGUGGAUCAGGAAAUGGCAUCAGACAACCAGGUACAGAGAGAAAUGGCUUAUAAGGCACUAGCUGAUGAAGGUGCCCUUGCAUCCCGAUAUUUCCCCGUUACACUUGGUGCAGCAUAUUACCUACAAGCAGCAGACAGGCAGACAGGGGCUCCUCUCUCAUCCACCACACUUGUCAAGUCUAGGCCAUCGAAGUCACAGUCCAAAACUGGAAUUCUGAAGAAAUCUAAACGGGCAAAGUCGGCAGCAAGAGCUGAUGAGCUUCUUGGUAACACUGAAUACAAGAAUCAAGAUGAUAUGCACUUCAUGGCGAAUGAGGCCCCAUCUAUUGCAUCAGCAGUGAAGUUAAUAACCGUCACGCCAUAUCAGGCUGAGCUGGCCCGGCUGCGGAUGGAGAGACUGAGGAUGGAGGAGGACCGGUUGCUGGAACUGAAGAGACAGGAAGAGUUGGAGAGAAUACGAGGACCCAAGCAGAAAUGGUACGAGAUGAAGACUCCCGAGUUCCACUAUGAGGCUCACAAGAACAAUCAGCUCAUCAGGUCACGUGACAAAUGGCAGGAUCUUAUGACAUAUCGGGAAGAGCUGUCUCAUGCCUCGGAUGACUUUCAUCGGUCCUGGGACUCCCCACUCACUGCUUGAAACUUUACAACUUGGCAGCAUGGAGUUGACCCUUGAAGCAUAGAGUUGACCCUUGAAGCACAGAGUUGACCCUUGAAGCAUAGAGUUGACCCUUGCACUAUCGAGUUGUCCCUUGCAGCAUAGGGCUGAUUAUAAUAUUGAUCAUUAUCUCAAAUGAACUUCGUGAAAGAACCUGAAUUUUGAGAAUUUGAUUUAGAAGAAUAUAUCAAAUGAAGAAAAACAUGUGGAAUUUUAUUGGUCUUAUUUUUUCCGCAUUUAAUGUAUUGUUGAUCUGUUUCAUUAAAGUUUCUAUUUUCUCUCUUAGAGAAUCUUGUAGAAUGUAGUGUUACAUAUUUCACAAGCAGUAGAUCUGUUUUUAAUUGAAUAAUAGGAGUAUAUUAUUGGCAAAUAGCAUUACAAUGUAUUUUUUCAAACUAAUAACUGAAAAAUAUGAAGGAAUAUAAUGUAUACUUAGCAAACUGAACUUUCAGUUGUACCUAAUGAUGUCACAGUGAAACUAUAGUAUUACCAGAAUCAAACAUUCUGACCACAUAUUGUUGUUUAAAGUUAAUGUAAAGUUUGUGAAAUUCAUUGUAAAAUUUGUUCUUGAUCUGUUCAUUCUGUAAUGUCAGUAUACAGGAAAUAGAUAUAAACUUUCAACUGUGAGAAGAGACAAUAUAUCAUGAAAUUUUCUACCAGUCAAAUUUAUAAAUGUCUUGUUUUUGUUGUUUUCUCAGUGCAAGAUGAUGACAUGAGUUACUACUGACAGUUCUGGUCAAUCUGCAUUUAGUAACUGUGUAACUUUGUUGAAUAUAUAUCACUAUAUAUGA